UGCAAGCCCAUUCUAAGAACACUACUUGAAUACUCUAUAAACCAUGACACACUCUCUCUCUCUCAGGUGGUCCGCAGCCGUUUGGAAAAGAAGGGAAUUGGCGUCCAUAAUGUCAGACUGAAUGGGUCAGCAGCCAGCCAUGUCCUACAUCAAGAUAGUGGCCUGGGGUACAAAGACCUGGACCUCAUUUUUUGUGUUGACCUGAAGAGUGAGGAUUCUUUCCAGCUAGUUAAAGAUGUGGUCAUGGAUUGUCUCCUGGACUUCCUCCCAGAAGGAGUAAACAAAGAUAAGAUCACCCCCAUGACUCUGAAGGAGGCGUAUGUGCAGAAGCUAGUGAAAGUAUGCAAUGAAACAGACCGCUGGAGCCUUAUAUCACUGUCCAAUAACAGUGGGAAAAAUGUGGAACUCAAAUUUGUGGACUCUCUCAGACGGCAGUUUGAGUUCAGUGUGGACUCCUUCCAGAUUAUAUUGGAUUCACUGUUGUUGUUCAGUGAGUGUUCAGAGAACCCCAUGUCUGAGAACUUCCACCCCACAGUCACUGGGGAGAGCAUGUAUGGGGAUUUUGGGGAAGCAAUGGACCAUCUCAGGAACCGAAUCAUCGCCACCAGGAACCCAGAAGAAAUCAGAGGUGGUGGGCUUCUGAAGUACUGCAAUCUCCUGGUGAGAGGCUUUAAGCCCAAAUCUGAAGUUGACAUGAAGACACUACAGAGAUACAUGUGCUCUAGGUUUUUCAUAGACUUUUCUGACAUUGGAGAACAGCAGCGGAAGCUUGAGAGUUACCUUCAGAGUCACUUUGUGGGGAUGGAGAGCAAAAGGUACGAUUGCCUUAUGACCCUGCACAAGGUGGUGAAUGAGAGUACAGUGUGCCUGAUGGGACACGAAAGGAGGCAAACACUGAACCUCAUUGCCAUGCUGGCUGUGAGGGUGCUGGCUGAGCAGAACAUCAUCCCGACAGUAACAAAUGUGACAUGCUACUAUCAGCCAGCACCAUAUGUCAGCGAGAUAAACGUCAACUACUAUGUCACCCAUGUGCAACCCCUUCUGCCUUGCAGCCACUCCUACCCAACGUGGCUUCCUUGUAACUGAGCAUGGACAACACUCUCCAGGAUCUGUAUUCCAGGGUGCUCCCUCACCUGGGAGGCCUGUGGAAGAACUGUGACACAAGGAAAAGUACUGGAUCCUUUUUUUCCCCUCGAGUGUCUUGUUCCCAUGAUUGUUGGAACUAGCUGCGUCUGCUGUACGCUGUGGAGAUUGGAUGUGCAGUGUUAUGGAAACUGUAGAUUGUUUGAGAUGUUUACAGGAAGACUUAUGAAUUAUGUAAGCAACGGGGUGGGGGUUGUAGGGUUAGAGUAAAGGUAGAGCUGCACUGCCCUGAAAUGCAAGUCAAUUUGAAUUUCCUUUUUGUGCAGGAGGUGUUAAGGGUUGUGCAGACUCAUGGUUUCUGAAGCCAGAGUGGCUGAUUCCUUUGAAGGACCAAAGAAUAUUGUUCUUAAGUGCCUGUAACAAUAUAAACACAAUUGUACUGUACAACUUUUUUUUUUUUUUUUGCAGGGGUUGAGUUUCCCAAUGUGCUUGUGUGAGGAUGUCUCAAGAUUAAAGGGGUGCCUGUUUCAAUGGGAGGGAGUAAUUUGGUCGCUUUUAGUGACAGAAUUGAAACAGAUGUUGGAUUGCAGGUUGCUAAGGCUUUUGGCAUUGCUUGCUUGCGAAGGACCAACUAAUAGUAUCUAAGGGCAGUUGAAACGGAGUUCCACAAGGUGGGGGUUGGCAUUGAAUGACUACAUGCAUGUGUCUAAUGUAACCUGCGACAGUGGGGCUGGGGAAGAAUUGCAUUGUGGAGAAAGCUGUGCGGAGCUUCAUGGAAAUGGGAAGCAGCUGAGGCCUAUCCAAGGAUGUGUUAAAAGCUCUCAAAUCUGCAGUGCCAAAAUCUUCAACUAACUUAUGUACACAAACAGUAAAGCGUUGGCUGUGUUUGGGCAUCUGCCAUAGGGUACACUAGUACAGAGCUAUCUGUCUUAUAGGGAAUUUGAAAUGCUACUCUCUCUCUUUUGGCAUGCCAUGUGGUUUUAAUGCACAAACAGCUAGUGGCCAGCUGGGCAUCUGAGACAAGGCUUGUCCUGAAGCACAAACCAGCUAUUGGCUCGUCAAACCACUAACCAUAGCAGUCGUUUUUAUGUAGGUUGGAGCCAGUUUUAGGUCAGAUGCUUAGAGGUCUGUCCCACAAGUAUUAGAACUGACUGAAUUUAGCAGAUUCUCUUGAUCUUGCCCUGCCUUGGCUGGAGAAGAAUUCUCCCUUUCUGUACCUUUAGUUCCCUUGUCAAAAGCAGCCUGUUUUUCAAUUCCACGUCUCUGCAACAGAUAGCAGUUUGCAUUUGUAAUCUAGUUAGAAAUGAAACAUGACUUAGUUUAGGUGGAGAAAAACCACCCCUAAGCCUUGGCUUUAGGAAAAGGUAUGUCCUCUUCCAAAAAACAAACCUUCAUGCCUCAGAGCGUUUUGGUGUAUUUAUGCAAAUGUUCUGCCUUUGAAGUUGUGUGUAUGUAUGUAUGUGGAGUACAAACAGUCCUGCCCUGAGAUGUCUGGGUUGCAUAUCCAUUCUUUUGCAACAUUGCAUUUCAGAUGUAACUAUGCAUGGGUCUGUAAAGCUGGUACAACUGAGAUCUUGGGCAUCUUCUGAUCAAAAAGUGCCCAGUUCUGGGAGUACAUGACACGCGUCACUUCAUAGUGCUUCCGCAAAGGCUAAUAGACUUGAGUAUUUUUACUAGUUUUCUGGCUGUGAUAAAACUGUACCACAGCUGGGCAGACUGAACAAUCUAAUAAAGAUUAGCUACUUGGAAUAUGUAUAACCAGAAUUUUACCUU